AUUCGUCAUCACACCCCGGGGAAGUUGUUUGUGUCGAAAAAGCAGGAAGCGCAAAUUUUAAAGGGCGGACAAUUGGCUUUUUAAUAACUAUUUUCCUUUACAAUAUAUCGCGAAAAGUAACUGGUCUCAGUACAGCAGACAAUCGCCUCUCAUAUCCCUUUUUUCGCGAAGCGCAAUAACUUUUCAUGCAUCCCGCUUCGUUGCACUAAGUAAAUCAAAAUUAAGUGCAGUGUUUCUCAGACGAGCACUGCGGCUUAUGUGGAGAUGGAGGAACGUGCCCGCAGCCGCCUGCUGCGCUCCAAAGCCACUCUGGAGCAGGACAUCAAAGCCUCCUACCUGAUGGACCACAUGAUCAGCGAUGGCGUUCUAACCAAUGAUGAGGAAGCAAAAGUGCUCAGCAAGGCCACUAGAAAAGAGCAGGCCGUGGCUCUGCUUGAGACCCUGUUGAGGAAAGACAAUCGUGCCUACAUUUCCUUCUACAACGCCCUGAUCAGGGAGAGUUAUGGAGAUCUGGCCAGUCUCCUUCACAGUGAUUUGCCUCUGCUCAGCCCUGAGGGAGAGAAGAGCUUCGCUGAUGGAGUCUCUCCCUCUGUCCAGGCGAUUCUGAGUGUAGGAGGUGUUCCUCAGAGACCUGUGGUGUUCGUGAGUCGACCUCCACUGCUCAAUCUGAUCCGGGAGAUGCUGUACCGGCUGCGGGACACACCGGGCUGGGUAACUGUAUUUGGCAUGGCUGGCUCAGGGAAGUCUGUGAUGGCUGCCGAGGUUGUUCGAGAUCGUUCACUCAUUAAGGAGUGUUUUCCUGAUGGUGUUCACUGGCUGUCUGUGGGUCAGUGUGAGCGGGCAGACCUGUUGGUUAGGAUGCAGUCUCUGUGCUUUCGUUUGGAGCAGUGUCAAAGUUCAGACACCAGUCAGCGGCCACCCAGCACUGUGGAGGAGGCCAAAGAGCGCCUGCGCUUCCUAAUGCUCCGCAGAUUCCCCAGGUCUCUGCUGAUUCUGGAUGAUGUCUGGGACAGUUCUUCCCUCAGGUCUUUUGAUAUCCAAUGCAGAGUUCUUCUGACCACACGCAAUCGAGCUCUGACUGAUUCCGUCAGCGGUGUAAGGUAUGAAGUGCCUGUAGAGAACGGUCUGGAUGAGGAAAAAGCCUUGGAAAUUCUUGCUUUGUACGUUAAUGGGAAGAUGCACAAACUCCCAGAACAGGCCCGCAGCAUUGUAAGCGAAUGUAAAGGUUCUCCUCUGGUGGUUUCUCUGAUUGGAGCUCUGCUGAGGGAGUUCCCUGACCGCUGGAGCUAUUACCUGCGACAGUUGCAGCAGAAGCAGUUCAAGCGCAUUCGCAAGUCUUCAUCCUAUGACUAUGAAGCACUGGACCAGGCCAUGGACGCUAGCCUGCAGGUUCUGGAGGCCGAACACCAAGAGCUGUACAGAGACCUGAGCGUCAUGCAGAAAGACAUCAAAGUGCCUGCUAAGGUUCUGUCUGUUCUGUGGGGUCUUGAGCUGGAGGAGGUAGAGGACGUCCUGCAGGAGUUUGUCAAUAAAUCUCUGCUUUUUCGGGACUGUAAUCAGCGACCGUAUCGAUAUUACCUUCAUGAUCUGCAGCUGGAUUUCCUCGCUGAACAAAACCGUGAUCAGAUUGCUGAACUACAUAAAAAGAUGGUUCGUCAGUAUCAGAGGUUCUACAGUAAACGCCCACCUGACUCUGCAGAUAAAGACUCGUUGUACUGGUACCAGUUCAUCCCGUAUCACAUGGCUAAAGCAGGACUGUCGAAGGAGCUUUAUUCAUUGAUGUUUUCCUUGGACUGGGUCAAAGAGAAGGCUCGGAUUAUGGGAUCUGCCCAUCUCAUCAAUGACUAUGUGGAAUAUGGGGAAAUACUAGAUAAAGAGAAUAGUGAAGUGCGAGUGCAGUUUCAGGAGUUCCUCUCUCUGAAUGGUCAUCAUCUGGAGCAGAGGCCGUUCCCUGAUGUGGUCCAGUUGGCUCUGUCUCAGCCCGAUCGCUCAGAGGUUUACAGACAGGCACUGAUGCAGGCGCAGAAACGGGCCAGCAGAGGGCAGAUCUACCUCAACUGGGUGAAUAAAAAUAUUGAGGAGGGUUUGUCUCGGCUAGUCAUGCACCCUCACCAGGGGGCUGUCUACUAUGCCUGCUUCUCAAAAGACGGGAGUAAAAUUGCCUCUUGUGGAGCCAGCAAGGCACUUCGGGUGUUUAAAUCAACCUCUGGAGAGAAGCUUCUGGAGCUUCAGGCUCAUGAGGAAGAUGUUUUAUGCUGUGCCUUUUCCCCUGAUGACCGGCAUAUAGCAACAUGUGCCAGUGACAAGAAGGUGAAGUUGUGGAAUGUUGAGCGAGGUGUUCUUAUCAGAGAGUUUGAAGUUGAACACGAGGAGCAGAUCAACCACUGCCAGUUCACCAACACAGGCCGAAGAGUCCUGCUGGCCACCUGCUCAAAUGACAAAUUCACUAACACCAAGUUGUGGAACCCUAACAAAAAGACGUCUCAGAACACUAUGUUUGGACACAUGGAGCCGGUCAAUCACUGCUGUUUUUCUCCUAAUGACCUUUACCUCGCCACUUCAUCCAGUGAUGGCAGCUUGAAGCUGUUUGAAGUGUCAUCUGCGAACGAGUGGAAAUCAAUUGAUGUCGAUAGUUUUUUUCCUGAGAGUGACGAAGAAAUAAAGGCCAUGGUGAAAUGCAGCACUUGGUCGGCUGACGGCUCACAAAUCAUCUGUGCUGCCAGAAACACAGUGUUUGUGUUUGAUGUGGAGACGUCAGACCUGCUGCUGGAGCUGAAGACGAGUCGUCUGAGCACUAUUCAGUUCUGUCAUGCGUGUCCUAACAGCAGCCUGCUGGCCGUCGCUCUCUCGCAUUACACCGUAGAGCUGUGGAACUUCGAAAGCAGUAAGAAGAAAGCCGAAUGCAGUGGUCAUCUGAGCUGGGUUCACUGUGUGCAGUUUUCACCCGACGGCUCACUCCUGCUGUCCUCCUCUGAUGAUCAGACUAUCAGGUUGUGGGAGACGGACCGGGUUCACACUUCUUCUGCUGUGGCUCUGAAGAGGGACACUGAUGUGCUGUUCUCUCACAGUGAUGCUACGAUCAUCGCACCCGAUAGCAGUAACAGAUUACAGGUGCUGAGUGGAUCUACAGGUGCUGUCGUGCUUGAGAGCGAGGAGCUGUCAUCCAGGAUCCGCUGUUCGUGCAUCAGCAGAAACGCUGCAUUUGUGGCUCUGGGAUCUGAGGACGGAACAGUACAGGUGAUUGAGGUUCCUUCUUCAAAGGCAUCAGUGAAGCUUUCAGGCCACACUAAGACUGUUCACCACUGCCAGUUCACUGACGACUGUGAAAUCCUUAUAACAUCCUCAGAAGAUUCCACUAUCCGGGUGUGGAAGUGGAGGACCGGCGAGUGUAUGGUGCUGCAGGGUCAUAUGGAGCCGGUCAGGAAGUUUCACCUCUUGAGCUCUUCAUCUUCUCCUCGUCUGUUCUCAUGGUCGUUUGAUGGCACAGUUAAGGUCUGGGAUUUGACCAGAGGGCAGAUGCUGCAAGACCUCGUGUGUCAUGAGGGUGCCGUCCUGUCAUGUGAUGUGUCCUCUGAUGGACGCCUCUUUGCCACCACCUCAGCUAAUAGGACUGCUAAGGUGUGGAGCAGUGCCUCAUGGAAAAUGAUAUUUUUGUUGGAGGGACACAAGGAUUGCGUUCGUAGCUGCCGUUUUUCUUGGGACAACAAGAGACUUGCAACUGGCGAUGACAAUGGAGAAAUCCGGCUGUGGAGCAUGCUGGAUGGAGCUCUCCUGAAGAUCUGUUCUCGGGACACUAAAGACUCGAUGGACUCCUACCAUGGCGGAUGGGUGACUGAUCUGCACUUCUCUCCUGAUAACAGGGUGCUCGUCUCUACUGGCGGAUACAUCAAGUGGUGGAGCGUGGAGAGCGGAGAAGCCCUGCAGACCUUCUACACGAUGGGAGGCAAUCUGAAGAAGAUCCACGUGUCUCCUGACUUCAGCACCUUCAUCACUGUGGACAGCAUCGGCAUCCUUUACAUUUUAAAGAGACUUGAGGGAGAGGGAACAUGACCCAGGACGGGGUGAAAGGCUUGUUGAGCAAGCAACUGUGACUUCAAAUGAGGAAAUGCAAUGCUGGCAGCAAUCUGUGCUGAAAUGUGAGAU